AUGUUCACUGCCCCAGCCCCAGCCGCCCCCACCGUUUCCGCAACACCCAUAUCGCCCGUGUCCGUCGCUGUCGCCGUCUCGCCCUCGCCGCGCUCGACGGGCCUGCAGCGAGGCAUUUCCUUCCUGCGCAACUACACCCACGGCCUGCACCUGCACGCUGCCGACGCCGCAGACGGCCCACGUGAGGACGCCCGCACCCCCAGGUCCCGACCACGCGCCUCCACCCACGCCUCGCCCCUCUCGCCGUUGGCUGCCCCCUCGCCCUCGCUGUUGGCUGCCCCCUCGCCCUCGCCGUUGGCUGCCCCCUCGCCCUCGCUGUUGGCUGCCCCCUCGCCCUCGCCGUUGGCUGCCCCCUCGCCCUCGCACACGGCCGCCCCUCGCCCCUCACCCCCCGCUCGACGACAGACGGCGCCUCUAGACAGCGCGGACCCUCGCCAGACGGCGCCCCCAACCGCCUCCGCGCCCGCAUCGCCCACGCCCAACAUGACGAGAACGCGUGCAGAGACGGCGGCGCCCCAGCUCACGAUGCGCAACAGCGCCGGGCCCACGCCGACGUGGCCCGCCGACCACGACAACUCCAGCGCCAGCGCCAGUGCCAGCGCCAGCGACAACGCUGCAGACGGCGGCCCCUCGCAGAGGCACCUGCCCUCGAUCCGCUUCAUCCCCCACCAGGACCCGCGCGCCAGCCGCCCCUCGCUGCAGUUCCCCACCAUCACCCGCACCCUGCCCGACGACUCGGCCGUCGUGCGCGUCGGCCGCUACUCGGAGCGCGACAACCUGCCCGACACGCCCGCCAACGCGCCCUCGGCCGCCGCCAUCGGGUUCAAGAGCAAGGUGGUCAGCCGCAAGCACUGCGAGCUGUGGUGCAAGGACGGCAGCUGGUACAUCAAGGACGUCAAGAGCUCCUCGGGCACCUUCCUCAACCACAUCCGCCUGAGCCAGCCCAACGUCGAGUCCAAGCCGUUCAGGAUCAAGGACGGCGACAUCGUCCAGCUCGGCAUCGACUUCCGCGGCGGCGAGGAGAUGAUCUUCCGCUGCGUCAAGAUCCGCGUCGAGUGCAACCGCGGCUGGCAGCAGGGGCUCAACACCUUCAACAAACAAACCCACCAGCGCCUGCGCAACCUCACAAAGACCAAGAAGGAGGGCGACAGCGCGUCCACACACACGUCGGAAUGCGCCAUCUGCCUCAUGUCCAUCGCUCCCUGCCAGUCUCUGUUCGUUGCACCCUGCUCCCACGUCUGGCACUACAAGUGCAUAAGACCCAUCUUGAACGGCCCCACAUGGCCCAACUUCCUGUGCCCCAACUGCAGGGCCGUCGCUGAUCUCGAGGCCGACGUCGAUGACCCCGCCGAGUUGGAGGACUGGGACGACGACGACGCCCAGGAGAACGGAGACGCUGCGCCCGACGCAGAGAACCCCGCAGAGGACCGUCACGUCACACCACGCGCCUCUGCCGUGCCCCUGAAUGGGUCAGCAGCGGAGCCCGGCGCCACCGACCUCGCCGAUCUGCAACACGCCAUCACAAGCAUCCACAUCAACGACACAGCGAACCCCCAAACCCCGUUUCGUCGCUUGGAGCCCCUGUCCGCAUCCGUCACGCAGCCCGUGUCGAUCGAUCGCGGCCCAGGCAGCUUCAACGGCCUGUCUCCCCUCUACCUGACCGCCCAUGACGGCCUCGCACCGGACCGCGCCCACGACGGACCCAUGACGCCACGCAACGACGCCGGCCCGUUUGUGCUAGACGGCAGCGCGGGCCGAGCAGCGGGGAGCCGGCUGCGAGACGAGUCGCCUGGCUCUGGCGAGACGGACGCGCCGAGCCUACCGCCUGUUCGAUUCAACUAG